UUAACUACCGUCACUGUUAGAACCACUUGACAAGACUGGUAGAGAGGUGGUAAAUUCGCAUAUCAACUCUAGUUGUCCAACGUAUUCGAUAUUCUUAUCUUCAGUUCGCUCCAGAUUACUUGGAAAUUGAACAAACGUAAGCGAUUUAGUCGGGAAAACAUGGUAACAGAAGUGCUUGGUGUAAAUGAAAUGAAAUCGAAGGCUUUAGAGGCAUUCGUAGAAAAAUUUGGAGAACAUGCAAAUAUUUGUGUUUGCGGGCCAGGUCGGGUGAAUUUGAUUGGAGAACACACCGAUUACAACCAAGGAUUUGUGUUACCGAUGGCCUUGCCCAUGGUCACAGUCAUAGCUGGAAAACUUAAUAAUGGAACAAAGACUAAAAUUAUUUCUUUUAAUGAGACAGUAAAAUCGGAAAAUGCAGUUGAAUUUGAAAUUGGUACUCACAAUACCAUUAAACCAGGCAAACCACAAUGGGCCAAUUACAUAAAAGGAUGUAUAGCACAUUUUGUGUGUGAUGUACCAUCCUUUAAUGCAGUGAUUGUAUCAUCUGUACCAGUUGGUGCUGGGCUUAGCAGUUCAGCUGCUUUGGAAGUUGCUACUUACACAUUUUUAGAAGUAUUAACUAAUGUACAAUCAAAAACACCAGAAGAAAAAGCAUUAGCAUGUCAACGGGCAGAACAUGAUUUUGCUGGAGUUCCAUGCGGUAUCAUGGACCAGUUUAUUUCAGUAAUGGGAAAAGAAGGCUAUGCUCUUCUUCUUGACUGCAGAGACCUUAGUACUAAGCAAAUACCUAUAUCAGAUAUAAAUGACUAUGCUUUUCUCAUUACUAAUUCGAAUGUUCCUCAUAAAUUAAGCUCAAGUGCAUAUUGUGAACGUAGGGAUAAUUGUUACAAAGUAGCAGAAAUAUUAAAUAAAAGCAGUUUACGCGAUGCAUCUCCAAAAGACCUCGAGUAUUUAGAAUCGCUUAAUGUACCCGACAUAUUGUUAAAAAGGGCUCGUCACGUAAUCACAGAAAUUCAAAGAACAGUUGAUGCUACAGCUGCUCUUGUAAAGGGAGAUAUGAAACGAUUUGGACAAUUAAUGAAUGAAAGUCAUGAUUCAUUGAAAAACGAUUAUGAAGUUUCUUCUGUUGAAUUAGAUACGUUGGUAUCAGCAGCCAGAGAAGUAAACGGUGUUUUGGGAAGUCGUUUAACUGGUGCCGGUUUCGGAGGUUGCACAGUGACCUUAUUAAAAAAAGAUGUUAUUGACGAAACGAUUAAACAUAUUAAGGCUAAAUAUUCAGGAAAUCCUGCAUUUUAUAUAGCAAGUCCUGCAAUGGGUACAAGAGUUUUAGAUAUAAAUUGAAUGAUAUCAUUCUGAAUGAAAAAUUUACUGAAUACUAUACUGAGUAAAUAGGCAUUUAUCGUGAUACACACGUAUAUAAAAUAUUGUGUACACAUUCAUUCGUAUAUACAUCUUAUAUCUUAUUUUAUAUUUACAUUAAAUGAAUCCUUUCGCAUGAUCGUAAUCUUAUAGUAAAAUUUUCUACAUAUAUAGCUUAAUUAUUUUUAACAACUAGUCGAUCAUCAUUUAAAUUGUGCAUUUAUUUACAAAAUUUUUUGUUACGUUAAAAAGGUUAAUUAUUACUAUUAAAAUACAUUGCUUUUCUUUAUUGUUUGUAUUGUCGGGUGUCUUUAUAUUAACGUAAUACUGAUACAUGAUAAAUUAAAGGAGUUCCGGGACGGGAAUGAAAAAAGAUCUAAGUACUGGUCAGUACCUAUUCAUGGUAGCUGCCGAAACAUUUGAAAAUUCUGCAAAUAACAGUUAUUUUACUUAAUUUUUUUACUCAAGUUUUACUCAAGAUUUUACUUAAGAAAAUGAUGAAAAAUACCUUUGAGGCAAUCGUUGAGUUCAAGUUCACUAGAACUGCACCUUAAACCGGAAGGUUUUACAGCUUUAAAAAUUUCAAUAAUGCUUGGUUUUAAAUUAUGAAAGAUCAGAGGUUGUCCACGUUUAGAAAAGUCCUCUGUUAAAUUCUUGAUACCCUAAAAGGAUGGUAUUAAUUUCACGAUUAAUUAAUACAUAGCUUGAAUUUUAUAAGAUACCUUCGCGGCCGUAAAAUCUGCUGCUUGAAUAUGUGUAGAAUCUAUAACAACAGGCACGCCGGUUCCUUCCUUCGUACCAUGCUUACUAAUUACAGCCCGUACGUAUUCAACACUUGGAAAAACGAGACUUCUAUCAGGUGUUAUGACAAGAUAUUCGCAGCCGUUGAUACUCUGUAAUAAAAAAUAAAAAAAAUAAAGAAAAUAAAAGACCUUACUACUUCAGAAUAAAUAAA